AAAGAAUUUGCAGGAAGUAGCAUGCUAGAGCUGGAACAUUCUGACAGUGCCAACAGCAACGUUUGGGUAACAUUCUUCCAGUUCCUUUGACAUAAUAGUCUAUCUCCAGUUAGAACAAAUAUAGUGAGGAUGGUGAAAAUCCAUAUCAAACGUGGGGAUGACAGCCAGUUCCUGUACGAGGCUUCGAUUGAUACCGAGAUGUCUUUGAUACUCAAAGACUGUGCUACAAUAUUCAAUGGCCGACUCAAAGUGGACCGGAUCUGUGGUGAAAUGGAAGAGCUUGCAAAGCAUGGGGUGUCUUUACCGCCCAACAUGCAAGGCUUGACAGAUGAACAAGUGGAAGAGCUGAAGUUGAAGGAUGAGUGGGGGGAGAAAUGUCAGCCCAGCGGUGGAGUAAAAUUUGCCAAGGACAAGAUUGGCUGCAGGAAUGGACAAGCACCCACACCCAAAAUGGCAGAGGUUCUUACGAAAACUAUUAAAGAAGCGAAAGAUAUGAUUUCCAAGAAAAAAGUGACAGCCGAUGAACAAGUGACUCAGAAAACUGUACAAGACGCCCUGGACAUUCUCCGUGGAGCUGUCACCAUUGUGUACCCAAUGGGGUUGCCUCCCUAUGAGCCGAUCAAAAUGGAGUUUGAGAACACUGAAGAUCUCUCAGGGAAGCAGGCCUCGCUAGAAGUGAUUGACAUUGACCAGGCCUCUCUGUGGUGGGCCGGCAAGGAACUGCUGCCUCACAAGAAGCUGGGAGACUUCGUGGGCAAGAAUGAAAAGACAAAGAUUGUUGCCAAGUUACAGAAGAGAGGUCAAGGCGCCCCGGCGAGGGAACCGGUGGUCAGUCAGGAGGACCAGAAACACAUGAUGGCAUACUACUACAAGAAGCAAGAGGAGUUCAAGAAAUUGGAGUCGGACGCAGACGACUCUUACCUGGACGCGGCCUGGGCAGACAACGGUCAGCUCAAGCGACAGUUCCAGGGACUGAACAACAUCAAGUGGGGGCCAAGAUAGGUCAGGGUUACUUCCCUGGUGUGGUUGUGUGUGGACUGAAUGAUUCUCAGAGAGAGGUGGAAGGUUUUCGUGGUAUGUGUAAGGUUAAUGGACACCAGAUGGUAUGUUUUCUGUUUCCUUCCCGUGGGUGAAAUUUUAUCGUUGAUUACGUUCAUUGAACUGUUGUUUCAAGAUGUUUUAGAGUGAACAAAAGAAGAUUGUUUUUGACAAAUGCAUCUUAAGGAGACUGUCAGGCUGGUGUGUAUGGGAAAUGAAGGAGAAGAUGGCUCAUUUUUAUCAUUUGUAAAUGAUCAUUAAACAUUUCAUUUUGAUAUUUAA